AUGGAAGAUACUACUGCAAAGAGCAACAUAAGCAAUGAAGACGAUGACCAGUCGAUGCAACCUCCUUCAGCAAUGCUGUCUCUCCUGGACAAGUAUUCCAGGAUGGAGGCCCAAAUGACACAUGUGCGUCAAGAGACCACGCGAAUUCAGUUAGAGAUUCAGGCACGAAAUUCUAGUGCUGAAAAGCUUGCGGAAGAACGCCAAGGGAUGAUUGUGGAGCAAGAACGUUUCUCCAAAGAAACAAAAAUCCUCCAAGAAGACGCCAAGAUAGCUCGUCAAAAGCUAAAUUCAACCCAACAAGAGGCACUGCAAGCAAAAGAAAGGAAGGAAGAAGCGCGGCGAAACUUGGACAGACUAGAAAUGCAAUCGAAAGAAUAUCGACGACGGUUCUUCUAUUCCUCACAAUCCUUUCGGAACGAGUGCAAGAAACGCAAAGUUACCUGUCAAGCAUUGGGAUUGACCCGUGCACCUUUGGUUGCUCAUGCGAUGGAAGCAUCCAAACAGCGACGGGAACAACUCAAAAAACAGAAGGACGACCUUUUGAGCCGAUCAAGGGAUCGACGUCAACGAAAAACUAGUCUUGAAGCACAGCUGGGUCGUAUUUUGAAGGAUAUUGACAUGCUCAAUAGUCGAAUCCAAGGCGAGAAGCGACCUACUACUAUUUCCACUCAGGCCACAACAAAUUCGAAUUCCACUUUUGUACUUCCAGCAGCACGAACUACUGCAGGUGGUGCCAGUAAGAUACUUUUGAACAAUCCGUACGCAAAAUGCAAUCGAAAGCAAUCACCGCCAUCAUCGUUGUCAAGUACUAAAGCAAUGAAUCCACGGCGAAAAUCGAGUCCCAAAGGCUCUGACGCUACCAUAGAACAAUAUCCUCAUAUAGUGGGGCGUCAACGAGCUCCUCGGGGUUUUGGACUGUCUCUGCGCAUUGAAGAUGGCAUUGAUGAUUCGGAUGAUGACGAUGAUGAUGAUUUACUAUCGUUUGUUGGCUUUCGCAAGUAA